AUGGUCGGACUCGUAUCGGCCGCCGGUUUGGUUGGCUUCCUCUCCGAGCCUGACCCAGAGCUCAAGGUCUUUGCUCUGAAGACAUUAGAUUCUCAGAUCGAUCAUUUGUGGACAGAGGUUGUCAACGCUGUUCCUGAAAUCGAGGCUCUCUAUGAAGAUGAAUCCUUUCCAGAACGUGGCCUUGCUGCGCUAGUCGCAUCGAAGGUAUAUUAUCAUCUGCAGGAAUAUAACGAGAGCAUGGUUCUUGCUCUUGGCGCUGGAAAGCUGUUCAAGUUGGAAAACGGCGGCGAAUAUGAGGAGACUAUUAUCGCUAAAUGUGUCGAUACCUUCAUCUCUCUGUCCGCCGCCCAACGACCUAUCGCCGGUGACCAAUCAGCCAACCUCAACACUGCGUUCCCUGCAUCAGGCGACGGCGCCAGCAGCACAUCUGCCAGCCUCACCUCCCAUAUUACACCCUUCUCUAAAUCCGCAUUGCCCUCGAAAUCGUUGCUCUCGCGCGCGGAAGUCCCAGGCGUCGACGCUGCACACCCUGGUGGCGAUGACAGUAGCGUCCAGCACGAGGAAAUGAACCUCGUACUGAAGCGUGGUGUACAACGCCAAUUGCAAAACGUCAUCGAACGUCUGUUCGAAGCAUGCUUCCGGCAAAAGCGAUACCGUCAAGUCAUUGGAAUCGCCAUCGAGGCAAAGAGCUUGGAUGUGCUCCGCAUGGCCAUUCUUCGCGCUAGCAGUGAUGAGAAACAGGAGGAGGGUGACUCUCGGGGAAGCGAGGAGCUCAUGGAAUAUGUUUUGGACAUCUGUAUGGGCGUUGUUCAGGAACGGGCUUUCCGCAGCGAGAUUCUUAAGCUCAUUUUGGAACUCCUGAAUGAGAUUCCGGCCCCUGACUACUUCUCAAUCGCCAAAUGCGUUGUCUACCUCAAUGAGCACUCGAUGGCCUCUGUCAUACUUCGCCAGCUAGUUGAGAAGGGUGAUGCACGAUCUCUCGCCGUUGCGUACCAGAUUUCGUUUGACCUUUACGACAAUAGCACUCAAGAGUUCCUUCAGAAGGUUCGGCAAGAGAUCUCUGAGCUCGUUCCCGAGGAUGAGAACGACAAGGAAAACCGAGCGUUGGAGUCCGAGCCUACAGAGUCCGACGCAUUGCUAGAAGACCAGGGAAGCUCCUCUCGGUCGGAUAAGCGUUCAGACCUGCCGGAGGACGCGAUCACUGCCUUUAAGAACAUUCUUUCGAUCCUCGAUGGAAUUAAGACUAUCCAGUUGAAUCUGGAAUUCUUAUACAGAAACAAUAAGGCUGACAUCGCGAUUUUGAAUAAGAUUCGUGAUAGUCUCGAGGCUCGCAACUCUAUCUUCCAUACCGCAGUCACACUUUCGAACGCGUUCAUGCAUGCCGGAACGACUCACGACAAAUUCUUCCGCGACAACCUGGAGUGGCUCGGCAAGGCCGUGAACUGGUCUAAAUUCACAGCCACUGCUGCUUUGGGAUGUAUCCACCGCGGCAAUCUAAGUCAAGGGCAAAAGCUUCUUCAGCCUUACCUACCCCGUGAACACAUCGCUGGAGUUGGAGGCUCAGGAUCUGUCUACAGCCAGGGUGGUUCUCUCUACGCAUUUGGUCUCAUCUACGCCAACCACGGAGGUAUGGCUGUUGAUAUCAUUCGUGACCACUUCAAGAAAGCAACGGAAGAGGUUGUUCAGCAUGGUGGUGCUCUGGGCCUCGGUGUCGCGGGUAUGGCGACAGGCGACGAGGGCAUUUACGAGGACCUGCGAAGCGUUCUUUACACUGAUUCCGCUCUCAAUGGUGAGGCUGUUGGUCUCGCCAUGGGUCUUAUCAUGCUUGGCACCGGCAACAUGAGGGCGUUGGAGGACAUGAUUCAGUACGCUCACGACACACAGCACGAGAAGAUCGUUCGCGGUCUGGCUAUGGGUAUGGCCUUGAUCAUGUAUGGACGCCAGGAAGGAGCCGAUGAGCUUAUCAACGGUCUUCUUGGUGACCCCGACCCAACUCUUCGCUACGGUGGUAUCAUGACCAUCGCUCUUGCUUACUGUGGCAGUGGCAGCAACAAGGCAGUCCGCAAGCUUUUGCACGUCGCUGUGAGUGAUGUGAACGACGACGUGCGCCGAGUGGCCGUCCUCAGCUUGGGAUUCAUUCUGUUCCGCAAGCACCAGAGCGUUCCUCGUAUGGUCGAGCUGCUUUCCGAGUCAUACAACCCUCACGUCCGUUACGGUGCCGCCAUGGCGCUUGGUAUCUCCUGCGCCGGCACUGGUCUGGACGAAGCUAUCGAUCUUCUAGAGCCUAUGCUCAAGGACUCGACCGACUUUGUUCGCCAGGGUGCUUUGAUCUCUCUUGCUAUGGUUCUCGUUCAGCAGAACGAGGCCAUGAACCCUCGCGUGACCAGCCUCCGCAAGGCCAUGAUGAAGAUGCUUGGUGACCGUCACGAGGAUGCUAUGGCUAAGUUCGGCUGUGCCAUUGCCCUCGGUAUCAUUGAUGCUGGUGGUCGAAACUGCACUAUUAGCUUGCAGACGCAGACAGGUAACCUCAACAUGCCUGGUAUUGUUGGUGCUGCUGUCUUUGUGCAAUACUGGUACUGGUUCCCUCUCACACACUUCUUGUCGCUCAGCUUCACACCCACUUCUGUGAUCGGUGUUGAUCAGAAGCUCGAGGUGCCACACUUCAAGUUCCACAGCAACACCCGCCCCAGCCUCUUUGACUACCCUCCUGAGCAACAGGUGAAGACCGAGGAGGCCCCGGAGAAGGUGAAGACUGCUGUGCUUUCUACAACUGCCCAGGCCAAGCGUCGGGCACAACGUCGGGAGAAACAAGCCCGCCGUGAGAGCAUGGACAUUGACCAGGCGCCUACAACCCCUAAGGCUGAUCAGCUUCCGGAUGCAAUGGAGACCGACGAAGCACCCAAGGAGGAGGGCGAAGAGGCUAAGGAGACAGAGAAAGCUGCCGCGGAGGGGUUGAGAAAGAAGGUGGAGCGGGAAAAGGUCGGAUAUGAGCUGGACAACCUGUCAAGGGUACUACCAGCUCAGCUCAAGUACCUUACCUUCCCCGACCCGCGAUAUGAGCCGGUCAAGAGGCCUACUGGUGGUGUCGUCGUCGUGCUCGACAAGCAACCCGAUGAGCCUCGCGAGGUCAUCGAAUUGAAGGCCAGCAAGGAAAUCCGCCAAGCGCCUCCUGCGACCGAAACCCUCCAGGACCGCCUGCAAGCCGCUAUCGGAACCGCUGCUCUCCAGACCCCUCAACGGGCCGACGCUCGGACUGCUCUUUCGGCUGCCACUUCAGGUGGUGCUGCCGCUGGCGCUGGUGUUUUGACCGCAGUAGACGAGGACGAGGAGGGCGUGGAAGAUGCACCUGUCCCCAACGAAUUCUCGUACGAGUCAGAUGGCGAGGAAGAGUAG